GACCUAAGUUCAUACAACGCUCAUUGAUUUGGAUCACCUGCAUCUCUUCUGCAACUAAACUUGAAUCUUCUCCGGUGCAAGUCAUCCGUUGAACAGCUUUCGGCGGGCGAGAUCGACAAAUAUGGCUGCAAUGUUUAGCCAGAACCCGCUCAUGAAUGGGCCCAACUACUCUUUCAACGACAGCCCCAGAACCAGCGCCCCCGAAGGUGCUCGAGAACAUCGCUUCGACCCCUACACGGACAAUGGCGGCUCGACCCUCGCAAUUGCCGGCGCCGAUUUCACCAUCAUGGCCGGCGACACCCGUCUAACUUCGGGCUACAGCAUCAACUCUCGGCACCACCCGAAAUUGUUUAAGAUUGGCGGCACAACGGCGGAUCAGAAGGAUGCCACGAUCGUCCUUUCGGUAGUGGGCUUUGCGGCCGAUGGAGAGGCUCUCAAAGAACGGCUUGACGCCAUCUGCAAGAUGUACCGCUACCGCCACGGCAAGCCCAUGAGCGUCAAGGCAUGCGCGCAAAGACUCUCGACCAUUCUAUACCAGAAGCGCUUCUUCCCAUACUAUGCCUACGCGAUCCUGGGCGGACUUGACGAGGAAGGCAAGGGCGCCGUCUAUUCCUACGAUCCCGUCGGGAGCUACGAGCGAGAGCAGUGCCGGGCUGGUGGUGCGGCUGCUAGCUUGAUCAUGCCCUUCCUGGACAACCAGGUCAACUUCAAGAACCAGUACAUCCCAAACAGCGGCGAGGGUCACGCUCUCCAGGAGCGCGAACGGCGGCCGUUGUCACGGAAUGAGGUUGAAGUUCUGGUCAAAGACGCCUUUGACGGAGCGGUGGAGCGGCAUAUUGAGGUCGGCGACGGUUUGCAGAUGAUGGUCAUCACGAAGGACGGUAUCGAGGAGAUCUUGAUGCCGCUCAAGAGGGACUAGAUGGCGUACACACACAAGCAGCCCCAGUCUAUUUGUACAAAACGCUUUGCCUGUUAGACUUGGAUCAUGGUGACAUGAAGGGGAGGGAGGGAGAUCAAUUAGCCGUGAGUUGCUGUUCAAGCUGCCAAUGGCCCAGGCACCCGAAGAUGCCGUGCUCUCAAGAAGAACAUCGAAAUAGCCCAAGAUUCAUAGUGGAUAUGAGCACCGGGGUGUCUAUAUGUCAUGCAACGUCCAUUUACGACUCUUCCGGUCUCCAAGCUGUGCAUUUGACCCAGAACAGAACGCAACGUCGGAUAUGCUUCCCUGCAGAUAUGCGUAUGUGAGGGUGCGGACUGAAGCCCCUUGGAGCUCUGUAAACCAAGUUCAAGAGUCUAAGUAAGGUGGGCAAC